AUAAGACAUUGCAGAAUUUUUUUCUUAUCCUUACUCUAUAUUUAUAUGAAAUGGAUACAUUAAACGACGACUGCCUCAUACUUAUUUUUCAUUAUCUACCCAUCUUGGACAGGCUUACAAUAGAAAAAGUCUGCAAAAGAUGGACAUUACUGAGCCGAAAUUCUUGGAGUAAUAUUAAAAGGCUUGAUUUUCAUAAAAAUACCUGGGGAUCAUGUUCUGUUAUAAACAAGAAGACUUUUCGGAAGGUGAUAAGACUUAGUGCAAAAUAUCUAACAUCUAUAGACAUCCCUUACAUAGAAGACGAAAGAUAUCGUGUAAAACUGUCAACACCAAUAGGAUUUCGAGAUAUUUGCAAUAUUCUUACAUCCUGUGAUAAUAUUCAGGAAUUAGAUAUGACAGACAGUGAUGUAUUUGAUCUUCAGUGUUCAACAAAAAUCAAAUGUACCAAUUACGAACAUAAAAUUGUACCAUUGUUGAUGCGCCAUUAUCAUAGAAUCACAAAAAUUGGCUUAAUAAUGAUCUCUUUUUGUGAUAGAGAAGAAGAUUGGUUCACUUUAUUUUCAAAGAUGAAAAAACUCAAAUCUCUUCAUUUAUCUUCAAUUCCUCUGUAUUACAAUGGUAGUUUUUUUCGCAAAUUGCCAUGUGACUUUAUCGAAGAGCUCUAUUUUACUUAUAAAAUGCCCCUUGAAUUAGAAGAAAAUGGUAUUUUAAAUUUGAUCAUGAAGAAAUGUUCAACUCUUCAUACAAUUGGGUUUGAAAACGUAGAAACGCUCAAAUUAGAUUCCAUAAUUCCAGCCUUAAUUGUGCAUAAAAACUUGAAGAAUUUAGUACUUUAUGGUAUAUCUGCAUCAAGGAGUUUAGUAAAUUUGGCAUUAUUUAAAUUAACACAUCUCGAAACAUUAGACAUUGGAGGAAACGAUUUUCUUGACGAUGCCCUUUUAGAAUUAAUAUCACGAAAAUGCAAACAUCUCACAGAAUUAAACAUAUCAGCAUGAUGCUGCCAUCUCUUAGUACAUUUACGAAUCAAGAAAUGAAGUUGACAAGUCCUCCGUUCAUUCUUUAUUCUCCGUAACUUGCAAUCCAUGGCCCAUGCCCAUGGCACUCCACAGUGGAUCGAAGAGUGCCAGGCAGUGCUGAGUUUAAAGAAAAAAAUAAAUAUUUUAUUCAUAUAUUUACAUUCGUAACAAAAUUCUGAAAAUACUAGAAAUACCAAAAAGCAUAUGUGAAGUGAAAAUACUAAAAAUACAAUAAAAUUGUUUCCCUUCGAAAGGUGAUUAUUUAAACAAAAAAUAAAUUCCUGAAAAAUGCCAUAUUGGUACUACGAGAAGGAGCAGUUAAAAGACACACCUUCAAUUCGAGAUGGAAUUAGUUAUGAAACCGAAUGUCGAUACAGGACAGAAGGUGCACGAUUUAUAAUAGACACUGGAGCAAAAAUGGAUCUUGGUUACAACACUAUAGCAACUGGAGUUGUUUAUUUUCACCGAUUUUACAUGUUCCAUUCUUUUAAAACAUAUCCUCGUUAUGUAACUGCCUGUGGCUGUUUAUUUCUAGCUGGGAAGGUAGAAGAAACUCCAAAAAAAUGUAAAGACAUUAUCAAGAUCGCCAAGACUCUGCUCAGCGAUCAAAAAUAUUUGACCUUUGGAGAAGAUCCUAAAGAAGAAGUAAUGACUUUAGAAAGGAUAUUGCUGCAAACAAUUAAGUUCGAUCUUCAAGUAGAGCAUCCUUACAAAUAUCUUUUGAGAUAUGCAAAGUGCCUCAAAGGAGACAAAGUAAAAUUACAAAAUAUGAUCCAAAUGGCUUGGACCUUCGUAAACGACAGUUUAUGUACUACUUUGUGCCUUCAAUGGGAACCUGAAAUAAUAGCAGUCGCUCUUAUAUAUUUAGCUGGAAGAUUAAGUAGAUUUGAAGUCGUGGACUGGAACGGAAGGCAACCAAAACACGUGAGAUGGUGGAAUAUGUUCAUAGAAGAUAUCACAAUGGAUAUCUUAGAAGACAUUUGUCUACAAGCUCUGGAUUUAUACCCACAAGCCAAUAGUGCAAGAUUUUUGGAAUCUCAUCCCUCAAAUCAAAAAAAUGGAGCCGUAAAGGAAAGAGCAACAACACCACCUCCAGUGGGUUCUACUUCGAAUACAACAAAUGUUCCAGUAACUCCUGUGAGGAUACCAACCACGGAAACAAAUUCAGUGCCUACGAACGGACGACCUCCGAUUGAAGUUGCAGAAACUUCAAAACCGAUAGAAACUCCCAUACGAUUUUCACCUUUUCCCAUAAAUUUUUCAACUAACCUUAUUUACCCCCCGAUAUAUCCACCAGUGGAUAUGUCGGUACCACCUCCAAAUGUGGCAGGGAUGAGUCCUAUCGUUCCACCCCCUAAUUUGGGAACUCCUAAUUCUAUCAGGCUUAUUCCACCCCCGACAACAGCUACCAGACCUCUUCCAUUCCAACCCUUCACUUAUCCUCCAAAUCUUUCCUAUUUUCCGCGAACGCCUGGCACUCCUUUUAAUAAUCAAAGGUCCUAUUAUCCACCCCAAUUAUGAGCUGUGAUAAAGUUAUUUCAUUUAUUAAAAAUAUAUCUUGUUGUUUCUUGGCUAUGACUCUAUGAAGAUGUUAACACUGGCUACGGAUCCGGAUGGUGUAUGUAUUUUUGAAAAACAAAUAAAAUGUAAAUAGAUGAAAAUAUAAUUUGUUUGAUCGAUGAUA